AUCCAUCACAAUGUACAGUAAAUUGGUGGUGCUUUCAGCUGUAAUAGCAGCUACUCUGGCAGCCCCACAGAAGCGCCUUCCGGUCGGUGGUCCGGAAUCGCAAGCCGUCAUCCUAUCCCAGGACUCGAACAUUGAGCCCAACGGAGCGUACAGCUAUCGGUACGAGACCAGCAAUGGAAUUUCAGGACAGCAAACCAGCUUCGAUGGCGCCAACGCGGCCGGAGAGUAUUCCUACACCGGCCCAGACGGCGUACUGUAUCGAGUAGUUUACAAUGCUGACACCUACGGAUUCCAGCCUCAAGGGGCUCAUUUGCCUGUUGAGCCACCGGUGCCAGACCAUGUACUGAAAGGACUGGAAGACAUUCGCCGUAGCCCGCCCAAGGAUCCCGAGUUCAAUUUGGCCGCUCUGGAUGCACAAAUUGCACGACUUCGUGCCACCCUUGGCUAA